AUGCUCUCCGCAACCUCUGCCGUUUUCCGGGCCGGCGCCCGUCGAGCCGUUCCUCGCGUUGUCCGCCAGCGUCAAGCCGUCGCCGGUGCCCGCGCCAACCCUUUCCAGCGCCUCAAUGCCAUCCGCGCCCUGUCCAGCACCAGCUCCCAGUCCGAGCAGGCCAACCGCGACCGCACCCGAGCCAUCAUCAUCAGGACCCUGAGCCAGAUCGGCAGCCGCCGCGAGGGCCAGCAAUACCUCUCCUACUUCACCUCCGUCUCCUCCCAGAAGUUCGCCGUGAUUAAGGUUGGCGGUGCCAUCCUCACCGACUACCUCGAUGACUUGUGCGAGAACAUUGCCUUCCUCUACGAGGUCGGCCUCUACCCCGUCAUCGUCCACGGUGCCGGCCCUCAGCUCAACCGCCUUCUCCAGGAGGCCGGCGUCGAGCCCGAGUUCGAGGAGGGCAUCCGCGUCACCGACCCCAAGACCCUCACCGUCGCCCGCAAGCUGUUCCUCCAGGAGAACAUGAAGCUCGUCGAGAAGCUCGAGGGUCUCGGUGUCCGCACCCGUCCUCUGACCACCGUCCUGACCGCCGACUACCUCGACAAGGAGAAGUGGAACCUGGUCGGCAAGAUCACCAGCGUCGACAAGGCCCCCGUCGAGCUCGCCAUCUCGCAGGGCUACGUCCCUAUCCUCACCUCCAUGGCUGAAACCACCGAGGGCCAGAUCCUCAACGUCAACGCCGACGUCGCCGCCGCCGAGCUUGCCCGCGCGCUUGAGCCCCUCAAGAUCGUCUACCUCUCUGAGAAGGGCGGCUUGUUCAACGGCGAGACUGGCGACAAGAUCUCCCACAUCAACCUCGACGAGGAGUACGACCAUCUCAUGUCCCAGUCUUGGUGCCGCUACGGUACGCGCCUCAAGAUCAAGGAGAUCAAGGAGCUUUUGGAGACUCUGCCGAGAACCUCGAGCGUUGCCAUCAUCCACCCUAGUGAUUUGCAGAAGGAGCUGUUCACCGAUUCCGGUGCCGGUACCCUGAUCCGCCGCGGCGACAAGAUCGAGUCUGCCGACAGCAUUGCUGCAUUCCCCGACCUUGCCAAGCUGAAGCAGACCCUCAUCCGUGACAGGGAGGGUAUGGAUGCCGAGGCUACCGUCGACCGCUACAUCGAGUUCCUCAAGGGCACUCCCUUCAAGGCUUACUACGACGAGCCCCUCAACUGCCUCGCCAUCGUCCUGCCCCCCAACGCCGAGCGCUCUCACCCGACCCUCGCCACCCUGACCGUCACUAAGGAGGGCUGGCUCAGCAACGUCACCGAGAACGUCUUCCACGCCAUUAAGAAGGACCACCCCAAGCUCGUCUGGACCGUCAGCGAGGAGGACGAGAACCUCACCUGGUUCUUCGACAAGGCGGACGGCAGCUUCUCCAGCAAGGGCAACCAGCUGUUCUGGUACGGCAUCGACAACCUCCAGGAGCUGGGUGUCCUUACCGACGAGUUCAACGCCCACGGAAGAGCCAUGCUCGGCGACUCCAACCUCGAGGCCCGUCUGCGCCGUGCCGCCCAGGUUUCCAACCGCAACCUGUCUCAGUCCAGCCAGCCCGCUCAGGCUCGCGCAUUCUCCACCAUGGCCCGCCGUCCUCAGUGGGCCCCGGCCGCCGCCCGUCUCAACGGCAAGCGCACCUACGCCACCACCACCAACCCUAACCCUCCCCUGGGAAAGAAGAACGCCUCUAACGACGUUCCCUCCCGCGUUGCGCUGAUUGGUGCCCGUGGCUACACCGGCCAGGCUCUCAUCGACCUCAUCAACUCCCACCCCAACAUGGAUCUCAGACACGUCUCCUCUCGUGAGCUUGCUGGAAAGAAGCUCGAGGGAUACACCAAGAGGGAAAUCACCUACGAGAACCUGAGCCCCGACCAGGUCACCGAGCUCGAGAAGAAGGGUGCCAUUGACUGCUGGGUCAUGGCUCUCCCCAACGGUGUCUGCAAGCCUUACAUCGAGGCCAUUGAGGAGGCUCGCAAGGGCGGUGCUGACCACCGCAGCGUCAUUGUCGACCUGUCCGCUGACUACCGCUUCGACAACACCUGGACCUACGGUCUUCCCGAGCUCACCAAGCGCUCUGAGAUCUACAAGGCUGACAAGAUCUCCAACCCUGGCUGCUACGCUACUGCUGCCCAGCUCGGCAUUGCCCCUCUGGUCGAGCACCUCGGCGGUGCCCCCUCCGUCUUUGGUAUCUCUGGCUACUCUGGCGCAGGCACCAAGCCCUCCCCCAAGAACGACAUCAACAUGCUCCGGGACAACCUGAUGCCAUACAGCUUGACGGACCACAUUCACGAGCGUGAGAUCAGCGCCAAGCUCGGUGCCGAGGUCGCCUUCUCCCCUCACGUCGCUUCUUGGUUCCGCGGUAUCCAGGCCACGAUCCACAUCCCGCUCAACAAGACCUUCACCUCUCGUGACAUCCGCCAGAUCUACCAGGACCGCUACGCUGGUGAGAAGCUAGUCAAGGUCGUCGGCGAGCCCCCCUUAGUCAGGAACAUCAUGAACAAGCACGGUGUCGAGAUCGGUGGUUUCGCUGUCCACAGCAGCGGCAAGCGCGUCGUCGUCUGCUCCACCAUUGACAACCUGCUCAAGGGUGCCGCCACCCAGUGCCUGCAAAACAUGAACCUCGCUCUUGGCUACGCGGAAUACGAGGGCAUCCCCACCAUGUAA